AUGGAGGAGGAGGAAGCCAUGUUUACUGGUGAUACUGACCUGCCUCGUCUACAUGAAGAUGUCCUGGGCCAGGGAACGGCGGUCUUUGAAGAGUUAAAGACAUAUAUGGCCAGCCUGGAGAAGAUGGGAGAUAAAGCCAGUGUUAGUGCCAGAGGAUACCCUGGCCACGGCCCGGUGAUUGAGAACUGCAAGUCCAAGAUAGCAGAGUAUAUCCGGCACCGGCAGCAGAGGGAAGAGGAAAUUCUGCGGGUGUUAAAGUACGGUUCGCUCGAUAGCAGCCAGCCCGGUGACACGAAACCUUCCGGCUGGACGCCCAUUGAGCUGGUCAAAGUUAUCUAUGCUGCGGUGCCGGAGAGCUUGCAUCUUCCUGCUUCGCACGGAGUGAUACAGGUCCUGAACAAACUGGAGCACGAAGGAAAGGUGACCAGCGAUGAACAAACGGGCCGAUGGUCUUGUAGCAGUAAAACAGCGGCCUUGUGA